AUGAAGAAGGCAGAUCGGUCUAAAACGAAAGCCUCCCGGGCAGCAAGGGCCCAGGAACUGCUCAACUCGAGCUCCCAGACAGUCGUAAAGCCAGCCGCUUUCGGUUUCGGAGGGUUCUCGGGUGCACAGCAAAUUGUGCCAACUACCUCAAAAAUUCCUUAUGGCUCCACUACCUCUCCUGCAAUUCUGCCACAGCAUGAGCUUGACACAGAGGUGGCACAGCGUCUGCGUCAGUUGUCCAAGCGGGAUCCCACCACCAAGAUCAAGGCUCUUCAGGCGAUGAAAGCUCUGGUUGGAGAGCGACCACCAGAAGAGAUCGAAGGCAUUCUGCUAGCAUGGACCAAGUCUUUCCAGCGCCUUGUCAUGGACAACUACAGGAAUGUGAGGGUGGAGGCUGCUUCCUUCAUGGCAGUGCUGGCUCCCAUGGCAGGCCGCAAAUUGGCCAAAGCCAUGCCCAACCUGGCAGGCCCCUGGUGGCUUGGCCAAUCUGACCCAGACCCAGAAUCUGCGCGCAUCUUCAAGGCUGCCUUUGCGGAUGUCUUUGCUGGCGCCAAGGGGCGAGAGGCUCUUGUCUUCUACCGCGUCCAGGUGCUGGACUACUUGGAGCGCAAUAUCAAGUCAAAUCCAGUUGCUCUGGCAGAUGUGUUCAAGGAGCACCCAGAGGAGCUGGAUGAGCGCCAUGAGAGGGUUGUGGCAGGCUCUCUGAAGGCCUGGGAUUGCCUGCUGGGUGCACUGCUGCCUGCCGAACCUUCUAAAACGCCAGAUUCGGCUGCUUGGGAGGUUGUCGUCAGGCUGAAGGGCAUGCUAUUGGAGCAAGGCGUGCUCAAGGGCCUCACAGGCCUGCAGGGGUCAAUUGUCAUCCGCACCUCAACCUACAGCCUACUGGCCACCAUGUGCAAGAGGGCAUCUGGCGAGUUGAAGGAGCAAAUUAAGCAGCUUGCACCCCAGAUCCUCGGCGCUCUGAACGACAAGGAGCCUGCGGCACAUGCAUCUAUGUGGGACAUGGUGCUUUCAUUUUUGAAGGCUUAUCCCACCGCCUGGCGGUAUGUGGACGUGCAGAAGGCGAUUGUGCCACGGCUGGCAGCAUUGCUCAGGAAUGCCUUCUAUGGCUCGGCGGAGGUGUCUGCCCCUGCGGUGCUGCCACUGGUGGCACAGAUGCCGAGGGAUGUGCUUGGCCCAGAUCCAGGCUUUCUGUCUCAGCUGCUGGGGGCAGCAUGGCAGGGCUGGCAGGUUGCUGGGAAUCUGGGGAAUGCACGCGCUGCUCUCUCUGACUGCUUUGCAGAGUGCCUUGCCUGGGCCAUGACUCGCAGCCAGCAGUUGGCCGGUGACAGCUAUGAAGCGUUCUGUGAGAAGCUGCUAGACUCGGCUUCUGUCAUCGCCAAUGCCCUGAACACAACUUCGGCGAGCAACAGCGCAGCUGACACCGUCCUCAAAGUCACUCGGAGCGUCAGCGCCCCAGGCACAUCCCCCGAGAUCCUCAGGCUGUUCUUGAGCCAGGUGGAAAAGGCACUCAGCAAACAGUUUGCCCAGCAGCCAGCACCGCCUCAUCACUUCGACAGGGGCCUCAUGAUACUGCAGCGCAUCGCUGGUGUCCUGGAAACAACUGACAGUGAGAGCAUGUCACAGAGGGAAGCGUGGCUGGCCGAGCUUCUGUAUGAGCCCCUGCGCGAGGCACUGCUUGGAGUCUUUGGAGAUCAGCAGAUGCCCACUCCAGCUGCGCGCCUGCUGUCAUACCUGCUGCAUCCCAGCAAGGAUGGUCCCAAGGGCGGAACUGAUCUUACUCCUGGGGCGGCGCUUGCCAUGUAUCUGUCCGGCCCUGCAGAGGGCUCAAGUGCGAUUGCCAUGGCCGAUGUGCUGCUGGCGACCAUGCAGCGCUCAGAGAAUCCUGCGCAACAGUUUGGGACGAUUGCCACCAACCUGGCUUGCGCACUUGCUCCCCUGAGCGCCAGCAGCAAUGGCAGCUUGACCAGCUUGGCAGACAGCAGCAGGGAGCCAGUCAAUGGCACAAGGUCCGGUCAGCCCAGCAGGAGCAAACAGGCGAACGGGCAUGCUCCCGGCAGGCUGUCGCACUUGCUCACCCUGGUGACGCAGCUGUCAGACAGCCUGAGGAAAUCUGGAGGCAAGGCGAAGGAUUGGAGAAGCCCCCGCUUGGAUGCUGUUGCGCACUUGCUCCUGCGACAAGAGAGGCUGGCGGCUGACGACCAUGCAUGGAAGGUGAUUGCUGCUCUGAUACGGGGCGAUCACUCCAGCGCACUGCUCAGUGAGUCUGCCCUCGACAGCGCUCUGGACAUCCUGUCCUCGUACUUGCCUGCGGACUGCAAUGUGGACGAGGAGACCAGGAACAUAGACCUAGAGUUCUCAGCGCUCAUCGCCCUGGACGCUGUGCUGUUCUCCCGCCCGAUCCUCUUGGAUGACAACCAGUCAGUACUGAGGCCAGCUGCUGUCAGGGCGCUAGUGGCAGUCUUUGAGAUCGCUUGGGUGUUUGGAAGCCCCGAGUCUACCUUGACUCACGAAGAGAGUGAGGACGAGCGCGCUUCGGUGGCCGAUUCUCAUGUGACCUCUUUGGCCAGUGCUGCGAGGGAGUGCUGGAGUGCUGGCACCAGACUGGCAGAGAUGGGCAAGCAGUUGGCCCCUCAACUCCGUGCCAGCAUACGCCGCGCGCUGCUGCAGUCUGUCCUGCACUGCAUUGACGCGGAUGCGAGUCUGGUACAGCGCGCAGCUGCAGCGGCUCAGAGCAUCAUCACAGCUGUGUGCGCGGAUGCCGACGACAAGGACGCUGUGCUCGACGCCCUGCUGCGGCCUCGCAAUGGCUGGCCCCAGUAUGUGCGCCUGGACGGUGAUGACAAGGACAAGGGGAAGGCGGCUGCUGAGAGCACCAGCGGCCGCCCAGAGACGCUGUCCGAGCUGGCGUUUGUGCUGGGGCUUGAGCUGGGCUUCAAUGCUAUCCUCUACGACUGCGACGGCCAUAACAGGCAUGCAUGCAUGCUCCUACAAACGAUUGACGUAUUGCAGAAAAUCAGUCUGGCUGUGAGAAAACUCCAGAGGGUCUGGCUCGUCACAGAGAUGCUGUGCUUUGCGGAGCAGCACCCAGGUGCAAGCGCGGUUGAGCUGCAGGCUUUCCUGGCUGAGAAGGGGCGGCUGCUGGACCUGCCAGGGGUAGCUGCAGCGCGCAGUGGUCUCCUCGAAGGCACCUUGGAUAGGCUCUUGGAGGGCGCUUUGGGGCGAGGUACGGGGAUCUGUGUCAGUGCUGUGUACACACAAGUGCUGUCCGGCCUCCUGCAACAGGUGAUCAGCGGCAGUGAGAGAGCAGCGACCGCAGCGCAUUGCUUUGUGCGGACCCGCAUAGCUGGCCCCCAGCUCACGCAGCUCCCUGCUGGCAUCCUCUCCGCCGUAUUGCAUAGCGUUGCAAAGACUGUGAGGGGCCUGGAUGGGCGUGAGCCUGCAGUAGAGGCAUCUGGCCUGUUGGCAAUUGCAACACGACAGUUGAAGGGCGCUACUAGCAUGCCACCUCUCGUGGCUGCUCAAGUCAACGCUCCUACACAGGUCGCCGAAUGCCUGAAAUCGCUAGACCUUGUCACACGCUGCUUUCCUGUGGCGGAUUUGGCAGUCCCUGGAAAGAAUGCCGCUAGUCCUGAGGAGAGGACAGCUCUCAUAGCCCUGUGGCAGCGCCAGCUGGCAGGGGAGCGGGCUGUCAGGGCAGCAGCUGCUGCAGAGAAGCGCAGUGGCGAGCCUGUGAACCCCAGUGCUGCGAUCAGGCAGUCUAGCGAGGACUCUGAGACCAGUCCUGCUGCGGCGCUGGCAAGGCUGGCAAAUUGCGUGGUUGCUUACUGCUGGCUUGAGCUCAAGGCUGAGCACUGGGCCGCUCUGCUGAUGCGUGCCAAAGAGGGCGUGGCAGCGGCGGCCGUUGUCAUGGAAGACCAGGCUGAAGCGGUGGUAAUGGCGGGGCGCAAGGCGGCCACAGUCAUAGCCUCGAAACAGGAAGUGGUGGGGCCUAAUCUGGCUCUGGCAAUCCUGCGGCGCCUGAGCCUGCUCAAACUGCCCGAAGCCGCCGAGAAGCUGCAGGGUGCGGCAUUUGGCAUGCUGACAGAGCUGGCGGACGACCUUCGCUUUGAGCAGCUGCAUGGGGUUGGCGAGGGGUGGGUGAGGUUACUGGCGCUGAUUGUGGAUGUCGACAGGCGCUCUGCUGCUGACUGCGACUUCCCCCGUGACUGGCGCCAGAAGCUGGCAGAAGUUCUGUCAGAAUCCAUGAGGCUGUUCCUUGCUGCCGGCGUCUGCGCAGCAUUCAUCGUGGCGACAGGGCAGCGUGCUACUGACACGGCAGCCAUGUACUUUGAUGAGAAGGCCUUGCUCUGGACAGCUGCAUCCCGAGCCGCAGAGUCGGCCCUGUCAGACCAGGCUUGCCUUGCUGAGAGCAUCCAGGCCACAGACACCUGGGCUGCUGAAACUGGAGUCGACGCUUUCACUGCUAUCUUUGCUUUGAUGCAUGCUUCGUGCAAUCAUACCGUUCUGCAGAGUGCUUGCGUGAGGCUCCUGACCAGCCCAACAUUGCUGCAGAAAGUGGCGCUCUCAAAAGAUGAGGAGGAUGAGGAAGACAGUGAAGCGGAGGCCUCUCCGGUUCACGCUGACGACAUGUACAGUGCCCUGGUGGAUGCGGGCGUGCAUGAUCAGGUCGCUGCGAUCAUAUGCGGCGUCGUGUGUGAGGGCCCCGGCUUUGCUGUGACUUGGGCGCUGGUGCUGGCCCGGCUGCUCACCAUGGCGGGCCCUGCGCGCCGUCGGCUGGCCCAAGCAUUCGGCGACUCAGACGAGCUGAUUGAUGCGCUGAUGCAUGACGUGGUGGCGAUGCUGCCGUUGGAGGACACUCCGGCCAAGCGAGCUCGCGGCCCCAACGCGCACUCCCCGGCUCUGCUGCAGCAGCAAUCGGCCGCGCAGCGUGCCGCUCAGGCUGCUCAAGCUCGCGUGAAUGGCUCCUCCUGGAGCCUCACCAAGGAGCUCUUUGAGCUGGGGGUUCCGGGCACGGAUGAGGGCGACAAGCGGUUGGCGGCGGCGCUGUAUCGCGGUGUGCUCUUUGCGCUGCCUGCUUCAGCCAGAUCCUGGUUUGGCAGGCUGUCCCACAACCGCAGCCUGGAGUCCUCCAUUGAGGCGUACACUGCAGCAAAGGAGAGCGCGGCCAUCAUUGCUGCGGAGCUGGGCGGCGUGUCGGGCGUGGCGGCCAGUGACGUGGCGGACACCGCAGAGUUCCGCGUGCGCGCCAGCCUGGCAGUGCGCGAGGCUGUGGCGAUCCUGUCCAUCGAGGACAGCUCCACUCUGGAGAUGGUCGUCAAGCUGCCCACCUCCUGGCCCCUGCGCCCCGCCGAAGUCGAGUGCCGCCGCAGGGUGGGUGUGGCGGAGGGGCGGCUGCGCAAGUGGCUGCUGUCUAUAACGGCGUUCCUGCGCAAUCAGAACGGCAGCCUGGCGGACGCGAUGGCGCUGUGGCGCGACAACUGCGUCCGCGAGUUCUCCGGCGUCGAGGAGUGCCUAAUUUGCUACUCCGUCGUGGCCGCAGCCGACGGGCAGCUGCCGCGCCUGGCCUGCCACACCUGCUCCAAGCGCUUCCACCGCGCCUGCCUCUACAAGUGGUUCCGCUCCUCCGGCAAAUCCCUCUGCCCCCACUGUCAGUCCCCCUGGUAG